UCUUUUGUGAGCCAGCAAACAUGCCAAAGUUACGGGCAGAUCCCUUGUCUGGAGAGCGGCAGCAGAUUCGCUGGUUAUUCUGAACUAAGAAGCUGGCCCAGGGAAAGAGAUGCCGGAGUUACCAUGGCUGAAUAAAGGGGCCAAGCAGGUGAGACCCAGCACCUGGGACGCCCUGCUUCUGUUUCUGGCAGUCUGGCAUCAAUUAUGGCCACAGAAGGCAAUCAGGUUCCCUUGCGUCAGAAGCCCAGGAAGAAAACUCAAGGGCUUUUCAACAUGAGUCGGAGAAGGAUAUCCUGUAAAGAUCUGGGCCACGCUGACUGCCAGGGUUGGCUGUACAAGAAAAAGGAAAAGGGAACUUUUCUAAGCAACAAAUGGAAAAAGUUCUGGGUGGUGCUGAAGGGCUCAUCGCUGUAUUGGUAUAGCAAUCAAAUGGCAGAGAAAGCAGAUGGAUUUGUCAACCUGUCAGAUUUCACAGUGGAAAGAGCCUCUGAAUGCAAGAAAAAAAAUGCAUUUAAGAUCAAUCACCCACAGAUCAAAGCCUUCUACUUUGCAGCAGAGAAUUUGCAGGAAAUGAAUGUGUGGUUAAACAAACUUGGAUUUGCUGUGACCCACCAGGAAUCCAUCACAAAGGAUGAAGAAUGUUACAGUGAGAGCGAGCAGGAAGAUCCUGAAGUAGCCGUGGAGGCACCACCCCCUCCGUAUGCUUCCACAACUUCCUCUCCUGUGGUACGUGUUGAUGCUGCACAGGGGGCAUCUUCUUCUUCACCUAAGCGGAGAGAAACGUCGUGUUCUUUCUCUUCUCUGGAAAAUACAGUAAAGGCACCAAGCCAGUUUUCUUCCUCGGGAUCUAAAGAACGACAAUCCUGGCACAACAUCGUUAACAGCUCACCUGCUACUGAAGAUGCGGGGCAUCCCCUGACAUUUGCUGAGCAGGUCCACACACUUGCCUUCUCAGAAGCAAGCAAUUGCCAGGCCCCAGAAAACAACUGCAUCACAUCAGAAAGUGGUUUAUUGAACUUGUUGUCUAGUGAUGACAAUUCUUCACUGAAUAACAAUAAAGACCAUCUAACAGUCCCAGACAGAGCUGCUGGAUCAAGAAUGGCAGACAGAGAAGAAAUAAAAUCAUCUGAAGAUGAUGAGAUGGAAAAACUGUACAAAUCACUGGAGCAGGCUAGCCUAUCUCCUCUUGGGGACCGGCGGCCUUCAACCAAGAAGGAGUUGAGAAAGUCUUUUGUGAAGCGAUGCAAAAACCCAUCGAUAAACGAGAAGUUGCACAAGAUCAGAACCCUGAACAGCACAUUAAAGUGCAAAGAACAUGAUUUGGCGAUGAUCAACCAGCUGCUGGAUGAUCCAAAGCUGACAGCCAGGAAGUACAGAGAGUGGAAGGUCAUGAACACCCUGCUGAUCCAGGACAUCUAUCAGCAGCAGGUACCUCAGGACCCUGAAGUCACCCCUCAGGAAGUCAUGAAUCCCACGUCUUCUGAUUGUGUGGAAAAUUCUCUUUGAGCAGAUGCCCGGAUCCCACCCCCAUCCCUGUUACCCUACCAUUCACAGGAUGCUGCCAAGGGCAUACAUUCUGCUUACAAGGAAAUCCCAAGCCCAGUUCCUGAGACAUCAUCCAUCCCCUGCAAGGAUGCAACUGAGGUUGAAGCCAGUUCUGAUGCAGUGGGAGUCCUGGCUCCCAGAUGUUGCCCUCCUCAAUACUAGAAUGAAGUGAUGGAGUUCACCUGAGCAGGCACAUCGUCUGUGCUCCUACUGGGAGCUGGCUGGAAUAAUAGGCUUUAGGUGGGAUGUGAAAUGGGUGAAACCCCUCUUUUUGUUUUCAAGAGAAUUACAACCUGCCAUAGACAAAAGGCUCAAUUUUACCAGGAAUAAUAAUUCAUGUGAUUUUGUUUUGCAAAAGAACCAUGAAGAGAACUCCCUUUGGUGGGCAGCCAAGUUCUGCAAAACGUUGUGAGUGGAGGAAUUUCUUCCUUAUUAGCUACUGGAACUGGACGCAUGUUGGCAUUUGUGGAACACAAGGCUCUUCUUAAUGUUGAUAUUUGCUGAGCACUUAUUUGCAGAGUAGAGCAUGGUGGGGGCGGAGGAUGGAGAGCCCAAGGAGGAGGCAUCAUUCCUGUGCUACUCAGAGGUCAGCUUCAUAAGUUCAUGCCUUACGUAGGCAGGGGAUGUGAUUGAUAUGCCUCUUCUUCUCAAUGUCUGGGAGAUAAACUAUCACAUGACCUUUGGAGAUGUCGCCCCCCCCAGCUUCUUUGAACAGUGUAGGAUAUUAAUACCCACUGUAAGGAAUAUUAUAUUGAGUUCACCCCUGCCUGUGGUGCCUAGAGCCAGCAUGAAUUCGUGUCCAGUUUUCCUGGGAUCCAAAUUCUCAAGGUUAUUUCUGAGUUGUUCUUAACUUGGAGAAGAACCCGGACCAGCAAAAUGGGAUCAUUUUAUUUUUGUAUGUUUAUGUGUCAAAUGGUGUGAGAUCUGAACAGUGAUCUAUGUUUCUUAUUUAAAUAUAUUUAUAGAAAUGCAAAUUAUAGUGUUCUAAAAGAAAGUGUACUAUUAUGUGUUGAUAUAUAGACUAUAUAUAUAUAUAUAUGUAUAUAGUCUAGAAGCAUAUCAUUUUUGCUUGAUAAAAAUAGGUAUAGUAGUGACUUACUGGAAUUGUAUUGCACUAUGAUAUAUAAAGAAUGCUCAGGAAAUCUCGAGAGAAAACCGCGGGAGCAUGUACUAAUAAUUACUAAUUUUCUGAAUGCUUUCUUUCCAUUACAACCCCACCUUCAACUCCAGAGAUCUUACGUUUCAAUGCCUGCUACGCACCAUUUUCUUCACUAGCUCCUUAGGUUAGCUCUUCUAUUCAUAAAGGUUAAGCUUGAUGAUACUUAGUUGCCAUGAGUUGUAGACCCAAAGGAACACAUCUCACAAACUAUUGGGCCAAAUAAAAUAUAAACAAUAUGAUUCCUAAUUAAAUACUAAUAAAAAUUAAAGUUUGUCAUUAAAGAGAUCUCAAGGAAAAACAAUUUAUUAAUCACAAUGGCAGCUUCUAAAUCAUAACCUUAAUUCACUGAGGACCCAUGUGUGUCUCACGUGCCCUUUGAAAAUUGUUGACGUAUAUAUUCAUAUCAUAACAUCCCAGGUGGCUCAACAAACUCAAAUAGAAGUAGCCACCUGAUCUAUAUCUAUAAGGUGACUAGAAAGAAUUGUUUACUAUUUCCCUGUACUUCACCAAGACUUAUUUUGUACACUGAAAUGAAAACCAGUCCUUGCCUUAGGAGGGAAAAGUAAAGAAGCAGCAAAAAGAGGAGCAAAGAGAAGCAGAGAGGAGCAGAGAGAAGCAGAGAGGAGCAGAGAGGAGCAGAGAGGAGCAGAGAGGAGCAGAGAGACUCACCAAGUGGAGAGACGAAGCCUGGGGAUGAGCUGAGAGGACCAUGCAGUUGGAGAUGCUAAUGCCUAUCAGAGCUGAUCCCUUUUCCUCCUGUGGCGAGUAGCUGUUCAGAGGGCAAUGUUUUGGGGUUCACAGUGAAAGGAAGCAUUGGGGAGAGGCGGAUUAGCAUUGGAACAACCUUAGCCUGCGAGAAAAUAUCCACUCAUGUCUUUCAUUAGCAACACCACUUUACAGACUUCCAUCCUCCCCCAAGUGGAAGCCCCAAGCACUUUUUAUGAGGGCUGAUUGCUAUAUUUAAAUGUUUUAUGUUGGCUUUCCACGCAUACGUAUUUAACUGACCUUUGAAUGUAAACUCCUUUAAUAACAUUCAGAUCUAAAGGCAAAGUUGGUUCGUGAGAUUGCUUGAGCAAGUCAUAGGGUUAAUUUUCCAGGCAACUUCAAGAAAGUCAGAGCAGACAUUUCUGCUUUGGUGGAACCAGCCUGCUGAAUGUUCCCAAGGCAGUCUCAGCCGUGUCCUGACCUCCUGGGCACAAACCAACCACGCUCUGUUCCCCGAUUCUGUAAAUUAAUACUUCUUCACUCUGCGCUAGGUUUAGUCACAGAGUAGGGAUGCUUCUGUGGGUACCCAGCCUCAGUUGUGAUCAUAAGAGGAGGGUGAGGGCAGACGGGAGUGAGCAGGAGAGGGAGUGACACUUCUGGAGACCCUCAGUAAAGAGAAACCAUGAGGAGCUUUCCCGUGGCCUCAAAGUCUCUUCUCUGGUUCAAGAGAUUUGGGCACUGUAGAUCUCUCCUAGUCAAUGGCUGGGAAAUGGACUAUAGAUGGUGUGAGCCCAGGGGAGACCCUUGACUGUGCCUCUGGAAUGUACCAGAGCACCCAUCUCAGGACACCAGUGGUGGAUCUCUGAGCACGAAUCUUUCCGAACCCAUGGCACUGGUUAAGGAUGAGGCUUCUCUGGGGACUUUUGGGGAGGUGGGGCUGGGAGGAGGACUCUUUCUUUCCUAAUCUGAUGACCCAGAUGAGAGCCUGGCAGAGGACCCUCACUAGUUGAGAAGAUGCUAACACACGUAGGUCGCACAUUUUUCUGUUGUUUGCAAGAUGUCUGUCAUUUAUAAGAGUUCUUAGUUUUCCCUAUCACUUUAAUCUGAGGUUAAAUUCUGAGUCCCAGAAAGAUGCUGGAGCAAACAGUUGCAGGAUCCCAACAGGCCAAGAAAGAGGUCAGGUUUGGAGUCAUAUUUUCAGUGUGAACCCAUGCCUUAUAUUUGCAUAGCUCUUUGAAGUUUGCUAACUGUAUGUUCCAACCCCCCUUCCCUGCACCCUACCACCCUAUAGGCUAAUCGACAUGAUUGUGAACUAUGGGUGUAAUGAAAUGCCUGGCUCAAAACCCCAAGUGGUACAGCCAGAAUCUGAGUUUGAAUUUCAGGUCUGUCAGCCCUCUCUACAGAGGAGGAAUGCUUGUCUCUGCUUAGCCUGCUGGGGGAACAAACGGUCUGAGUUAGCUCCUGUGUCUAUUACUCUGGAUUCUGCACACCUGGCUGCUGCAGCUUCUGCUGAAUCCCCAGAGGCACUGCUGUGUGCAGUCUCUCCCCAAAGGUCCUGCUGCCUUGCCACUGGGUUUUCUGAGAACUGGAGCUUGACCUGAUUGUUGUUUCUUUUAGUCCGUUCUAUAAAACACACUAUGUUAGCACUGUGAGGACUUUAAAGCUAAGGGAUACAAGUCUUUAAAGAGCUGGAAAAUGCUUAUUUUUCUAAUUUUUCCUUUUGAGAUGCGAACUGUCCUGUCAGGUAUCAGAGACUUAGGGAUUAGAAAUGAGUCACGGGAUUGUGAUGAGGCUCAUUCCUUCAGGGAGGGUUCAGACCACAUAGUCACGGAGAGGGAACAAAGAAAAAGAAAAAAUAGUUUUCAGUCUUUUGAGGAGAGGUACUCUACCGAUGUAAGCCAUAUUUAACUUUACGGACACAGGCUUCCUUGUAAAGGAGAAAGACGAUAUUUUGAAGCAGCGAUGCAGAUGAUCUAGGAAUAAAGAGUGGCUGUUCAAAGGUCACGUCACACUGAAGCGGUGCUCAGCCCGAAUGCAGUCUUAGAAUGCAGUUCUGCUUCCCACUAACAGAACAGGGCACACAAAGAAGAUUUCCAAUCUCUCUUCCAUCCAACACUUCUGUAUACUUACCCACAAAAGAAAUUCAAUCCAAGAUGUUGGAGGUUACUGCCAGCUUAAGGUUUUGUCAUCCAUAAUAGUAAAAGCCCCUCAAAUUAGAUUUUCUAAUCUCUGUGAAAUGGAUGGGUUAAAGGAAUGUUCCAUUCACAGAAACCCAACCUUCUCAGCCAUACCGUGUCAUAUGGAGCACACGAAAACAGACCCUGCAUUUAAAAAGAAACUUCUCCAUUUCCUUCGUUGUAAAGAAACUUAGUUGCUCUGUAUUGAUGUCUCUUUAGCUUUAGUCCAAAGGGAAGCAUGCCCCAUGGAGACAUUUAACAUCCUGUAAUAAAAACCGUGGUUGAAGUCACCACAUGUUCUGCUGUUGCAUGAUGGGGAUGGGGCUCAACAAUGUAUGGUAUGGGGCAAGAUGUUACUGUGCGGUUGAUACCUUAUCUGUUGUUGUGCUUUUGGUUAUUGUCAUCUCUCUGUUUUGAGGAAACUAAAAACCGAGGCAUGCCUCAUUUCUCCUGUUCCCUGUUCCCCAGGAUGACUUGUAAGAUAAAGAUUAAAUGCAAACUGUCUAGUAAAAUGGUAUGAAAAAAAAAAA